AUGUUCCUGCAUGUACUCUUUGUGGCUGGUCCUUUGGACUUUUGGUACUGGAUCAGAUCCAGUUUGAAGUCUGUAAAUGGACGCACCGUUGUUAUCACAGGCGGUGCAUCCGGCAUUGGUAAACGUUUAGCUGAAUUAUUAGCCAUCCGUUUCGGUGCCAAAGUUGCUAUUUUGGAUAUAAACGAACAUGGUGCGCAAGAGACAGUGGACAACAUUGUUAGAGGUGGCGGUAUUGCGCAUUGCUGGAGAUGUGACAUAAGCCAGGUGGAGGAAGUGAACGAAUGCGCCCGACAAAUUGACCUCACAUUUGGAAAUGUCGAUAUCGUAGUCUGCAAUGCGGCCAUUUUGUACAUUGGAGGAAUGCUGGAUUUGACGACAGCUCAACUGCAGAACUCGCUCGAUGUCAACGUGAUGGGCACCAUCAAUACAAUUCGAGCAUUUCUUCGUUCGAUGGAACAACGAAAUGAGGGACAAAUAGUUGCAAUUUCGUCAAUUGCUGGUUUCUGCGGUGAAACGAACGGUAUUGCAUAUUGCAGUACGAAAUUUGCCAUUAGAGGUGUAAUGCAAUGUCUGCAAAUGGAAAUGAAAGACAAAGGUCUGAAUGGUAUACGAUGCACGACAGUAUGUCCGUACUUUACACGAACACCGAUGAUUCUGAAUUUAGGAAUGAGACCCACAUCCAUAUGGUUGCCAUUCAUGUCAGUUGAUCGCUGUGCAUGCCAAAUUGUAGAUGCUAUUCUGAGGGAGAAAAGUAUCGCAUUCGUGCCACAUUAUAUUAGUAUCAUCGCACAAUUGAAAGGGUUGUUAUCGGAACGUGUGGAAAAUGCCUGUCGAGAAUAUCUGAACUGUCGAUAUGAACCACUAAAACAUGAAGAAGUGGAAAUGAAAGAGAUAACGAUUGCCAAGAAAACGGAUUACUUUAAAAAAAUGGACGCUGGCAAGAAAUAUGUAUUUUUUGUCGCUUAUCUCAUAUUAGUGACCGGUUAUUUGAUAAUGCAAGGUGAUGUGCAAAGCAUGCUGCAAACACUGGUAAUGUUAAUCAUUUCAUCGAAUCUCGUGCUAGCAAUUUGGGCACUGCAUGUUUGUGAUCAAUUGCAAUUCUCGUUUCCUUGUAAAUUUCGGUGGUUCAUGCAAAUUUUCUGUUUUGGUUUCAUUUCUUUUCUUCAACUUUAUCGUUUUCGAUACUCUUCCAGUAAUAAAAAAGAUUGCAUUACAUGA